CUUCUUCCUCCUUUCUUGGCUAAAUCCUCCUUCCCUCUUCCUGCAAAUUUGCCAAAGCUUUCAACUUUCUCACUUUUUGGAGUAAAGGGUAUUUUCUUAAACUUCCCAAUUAUUCAAAUCAUUUCAUUUUUAUCCAAAAAAAUCCAUUCAUUUUGAUCCAAAUAUCACAGUAAUAAACUGUUAUUAUUAACAAAGAAACAAACAACUAAUUUGUCCAUUAAUAUUCAUCAUGUUUCAUUAAUUUGCACCUCGACUAAUUUCACGGGAUACAGGUAACUCUGUCCACUAAGGCUCUUAUUUGAACCUGAGACCUCGGGGUUUAACUACAGAGUGUUCGAUGUGACAUGUUUAAGACCAUAAUAUUAAAAGGUAUGUUGGUAUAUCUUGAACUCCGUGUUGAAUCAAAAUAGGCUAGACAAAUUGAAACGGAGCUGGAGGGAGUAUAUGAAUGGCAUCAAGAAUCUCCAUUAAAGCUUUGGAAUUUCUUGAUUCUUGUCGAAGCUUGACGGAUCUUUAUCAAAUACAGGCACAUUUGGUUAUCACUGGUCUUUUACAAGUACAAAAUCCCUCAUUUUCUUGUAGAUUUUUGAAGCUAUGUAGUCAGCAUUGUGAUAUUCAAUAUACUUCAUUGGUAUUUAGGUGCAUUCAUUUUCCUGAUACUUUUUCAGUUAAUACUGUUAUAAAAGCUUAUGCUUGUAGUAAUGUACCAGAUAAUGCUGUAGUUUUUUAUUAUGAAAGGCUUAAAGAUGGGUUCUUGCCUAAUAGUUUUACGUUUUCGCCGCUCAUGAGUGCUUGUGCUAAAAGGGGUCGUGUGUAUUUGGGUCAGAAGUGUCAUGGACAAGUUGUGAAAAAUGGGGUUGGUGGUGUUUUGGAAGUGCAGAAUGCGUUGGUGCAUUUUUAUAGUAGUUGUGGUUUGAUUGGUCUUGCUAGGAAGGUAUUUGAGGGAAUGGACGAAAGAGAUGUUGUGUCGUGGAACAGCAUUGUGAAUGGAUAUGUAAACGUGGGUGAGUUAGUCGUUGCGCGGCAGUUGUUUGAUGCAAUGCCGUGUAGGAAUUUGGUUGGGUGGAAUGUCAUGAUGACGGGGUAUUUGAAUUCGAAUAAUCCUGGGAAGUGCCUAAAGUUGUUCAGAGAAAUGGCACAGAGGGGAUUGAAUGGGAACAAUACGACUAUAGUCAUUGCGGUUACUGCUUGUGCUAGGUCAGCGCGGAUGAAGGAAGGAAAAUCUGUUCAUGGGCGUCUUAUUAAGGAAUUUAAAGACUUGAAUUUGAUUAUUAGUACGACUUUAAUCCAUAUGUAUAGUAGAUGCGGCAGAGCAGAAAUUGCUCGUUUAAUUUUUGAUCGGAUAUCGAUCAAGAACAUAGUCUGCUGGAAUGCAAUGAUUUUGGGGUAUUGCAUUCAUGGAAACCCAAAAGAUGGGCUUAAUUUGUAUUCAAACUUUCUGAGUAGUAGAUUAGUAAGUACAGGAAAAAAUCAUGUUGAUAGCCUUGUGCUUCCAGAUGAAAUCACAUUUGUCGGUGUCUUAUGCGCGUGUGCCCGUGAAGGACUGUUAACAGAAGGAAGAAAACACUUUGGCAACAUGAGUGAUGCGUUUGGUAUAAAGCCCAGCUUUGCACAUUAUUGGUGCAUGGCUAAUCUUUUGGCAAAUGUUGGCCUAAUGCAAGAAGCUACAGAAAUACUGAAGAACAUACCAGUAGAUAGCAAUUUGCCACUGGAAUCUUCGUUGUGGUCUGAAUUGCUUGGCUCAGCCCGCUUUGGACGGGAUGUAAGUUUAGGAGAACAAAUUGCAAAUAAGUUGAUUGAUCAAGACCCCGAGAAUUUUUGGCAUUAUUUAUUGCUGGUGAACAUCUAUGCUGCAGCUGGUCGUUGGGAUGAUGUUACUCAGACAAAGGAGAGGAUGAGGAAGAGAGGAAUAGAAAGAACACCAGGUUGCAGUUUAAAAGACUUGAAGGAAAUUGUUCACGACAUGUCAGCGACAUAAAUUGCAGCGCUAAGAAUGAAGAACUUUAAAAUGCAUGAGAUGCGGCAGUUUCAAUGAAGCUUAUAAUGGAUAUAUGGCUUACUGUCAUUGUAUCAGGAGGAGCUUCGGAUAAGCUAAACAUCAUGGUGAAGACUUAACAGGGAGGCUUUACCGAUUGACUAUCUUAGACACUUCCGAGAAUGACUCAAAGUACAGAUUUGCGAGGCUCAUGUGCAGGUGUGUUUUAUUGUGAAUGCACUUUUGUUUGGACGGUUCACAUGACAACAACUUUACCGGUUACUCCUCGGCUCUCCUUCUUGUUUGAGCUACAUCAUGCAAGAGAUUUUGUCAUGGUAGCAUUGCCAAUAGCAGGAAUUGGAAAAACAUUUGUUCAUCGACUGUUAAUGCCACGAGGAUGUUUAUCAAUUCUUCUCCAGGAGCCACCUUUCAACGCGAGAAUUUCAUCAGGUAAUUUGCAAUCGCCUAAGUCCUCGUGGAUAUGAAGGAUCUUAUAGUCACCGCUGGUUGAGUCAUAACCCAAUCCAAUACGAGAUUCUGCAUCAACUGGCAAUUCUACAGCGGGAAGCACUAUCGAUUCUCUAAUGGAGGGGUUCGAUAACAACCAAGCCAUCGUAACAACAACGGAUUGUGCAUCGCAACUUUUUUGUACAUCCUCGGCCAAUUGAACAGACGACAGAGGACAACAAUACAGGGAAAAUACACAAUCCUUACGGCACCUUUGGCUGAUAAGAAGUUUUCGGGAAUCUUGGUCAUUCUUGGCACGAUUCAGAUGCUUCAUCUUAAAGCAAGGCUCGGAGCUCAAUGUUUUCCAAAUAUUUGAAACACAUUUGAAUCGAAGAAGAGACCGCACCGGUAACCUGCUGAGGAUGUCCACAAGUAUUUUCUCUUGGAAAUGAUAACGGAUACAUUGAAUUGGCGCUGUUAGCUAGACAUAAAAGUGCCCUUUAACUUGACCUCAACUUUGGAUGUGCACAAGUAGGCACUUAAACUUGUAUAAAGUCGAACAAACAGACGCAUGUGUCUGUUUGGAAGGUAAGUUUUAGGAGCUAUAUUUGCACGUCGUCUAGAAAUAACACCAUGAAGUCACAUGAUCAAUUAUUGCAAUGAUUAUUUUUAUUUAA